CUAAAUAUAAAAUAGUAUGAAAUUAUUCUCGACAAUAAAACCGAUGGCCAUGUUUCAGUUCGGACGAUCCGAAGAGUUUCCCUCGCAAUAUUCUACGCAUCCAAGCUCGGUAACGAUAGACACGACCGUGAUUAUACUGGUCGCAAUUUUCGCAAUUAUCUUCCUCGCUUAUCUCAGCAUUAUACCAAGCUACCGGAAGAAAGAGAGUGUCUACGUAACUAUAAAAGUUAUCUUCAGCAUCGCAAUUGGAUGUUUGUUGAUAGUCGAAAACUUCGGUCAGGAAUGGGAAUAUGGUGACACGAAAUGCAAAACGCCCUAUCGGGUCGGAGUGGGUCAAGAAAUCGAGGCUCAAAUGGCGGUCAAGAUAGGGCUGAGAUCGGUGAACAUCACAUUAAAGGGUGAAGCGAAAGAAGAUACGCCACUCGCGAGAGAAACGAUCAAUUACAACGAAAGAUUUCCUUGGACAUGGGACCAGGGUAGAGCCGGUUUCGGGCCCGAUGCCGGACUUUUACAAAGAACCUUUCGCGAUGGUCAGAAGAAAGGUCUGCCCAUUCCCAUUUUGUGGAUCGCCGAAUAUUUCGUUAUUGACGGAGAAGGCAUUCGGUUUGGGCGAUUUUAUCGAACCGCCGGCUGGUAUUGUCACAUCUUGUUGUGGACCGCCUUUGCUUGUUGGAUACUAGCUAACAUAUUUCUGCAAUCUGUUCCCCGAUACGUCGCCUAUUUGACCGGCUUGAUCGGCGGCUUGCAGUGGUUGACCUGCGUUGUUUGGGUCCUCAUACAUAAUCCAACUCCGCUCGUCAUCCCGUUUGAGAGUGAUUCCGUCAUCACAAUGGCUCUGGGCACGCAUUUUUGGAUGACUUUCGGAUGCGGUCUGUUUUGCGUUAUUCUGGCGAUUGUGCUGCUAUUUAUGGACUUGCGUCAUCCCAAUACGUUGUCUAUCUUUUUGGGAAUAGAUCCCCUCGGCCAGUACGACGAAUGCGUGAUGCGAAGCAAUCAAGUGAGCGACGUAUUGUGCACAAAGGUGAAUAUGGGCUGGAUUGAACUGACACCGACCUCAGCUCUAUCAGAAAACAGCGACACGGAGAUGCAGACGGUGUUGAAGAGACGCUCGACCAUAAAGAACGCGCAGAAAUCUCUCUUCCGUGCGCCAAUUCCCAUGAAGAUGGAAACCUGCAACGACGACGUGGUCAUUUAUGAAAACCAGGAUGUAGCAGAAUCCACAAAUGCGUUUUUGUCGGAAACGCACGAGAAAGAGGGAACGAAGGCUGUUAAACCACCGCCUAUUCCAAGAAAGACGAGAGUGAAGGAUCGCUUAUAAAACUAAUCGACACAACAAACGUCCCGUCAUUGACACGAACGGACCCGUCGAAUGAAGUUUGAUGCAAGUUUCAGCUCUGCAUCUCUGUAACUGAUACAUUACGUACAUGGGAUGACGACUUGUUAACAUAUAAAAAUUAACAAACUGAAAAAUAUACGAGACUGCAAACAGUGUGGUUGCAUAAAGACAAUAAAUAUUGUCAAUAUUUCAGA